AUGACUUUUGCUACCCAAGCGGGGAGCAUUGGCUCCUCGUCUCUGUUGCGUUAUGUCCCUCGAAUCUCUCCUUCGAUCGCCAGGAUCACAAUAGCCGCCGCACUUCUCCCAAUGGCGCUAUCGCAUGGAAAUCACGGCGGGGACAACAUCCCGGAAGGGUCAACCAUAUCGCUGGAUCCAAUCGACACAACACUAUGGAUACACAUAUUUUUACAGACGUUUACCUUUGGGAUACUGUUUCCCUUGGGGAUGGUGCUUGGGAUCGUCAAAAGCCGUUGGCACGUCCCACUACAAGUUGGCAGCACCGUACUGGCAUUGCUAGGCUACGUCCUCGGCCAUCUCCACAAGGGCCGCGAAUUUAACCCGGAAAACGCCCACGCAAAGGCCGCGACACCGUUGUUCUUUCUUCUGGUUGCUCAGAUUGUCUUGGGCGUCUACUUGAAGCUACAUCUCGAGCGGGGCAUCCACGGCCGUAUCCGUCCCUUCAUUCGCAUUCUUCACAGCGUCAACGGAAAAGCAUUCCCGCUGCUAUCAUGGGUUCAGAUGCUGUUUGGAGGUAUCACUCUACUGGGCUUUUGCCAGGGUGAUCACCUGGGACAAUGUGCCGCUCACUUCAUCAUGGGCAGUGCCUUCAUCGCAUAUGGCGUCCUCCUUACCAUCGUGCUGCUCGUUGGUCAGGUUUGGCUCCGUCGGACUGGCCGCAGCCAAGAGUUCUUCGACAGCGCCGUUAUUGCUGCAUGGGGUUGUGUCAACACCUUUACUGAGCACAGAUGGGGAACCGAAUGGGUCAGGAAUGACUGGCAGCACACGACCAUGGGCAUCAUUUGGUGGAGCGCCGGCCUUGCUGGAGUUUGGCUGAGCAAGGGCCGAGACGGCACCCCCAAGCGCAACUUCGUCCCUGGCUUUGUCAUCUUCAUUACAGGAUGGGCCAUGUCGGCGCAUCCUCAGGAGCUGAUGACGAGUGCGAUGACACACGCGGCAUUUGGGUAUACAUUGAUGGCCGUUGGUGUCACUCGCAUCAUCGAAAUCUCUUUUGUGCUCAGGGACAAGGCAGGCGUAUCAGAGGACGGGACACAGAUCAACAGCUUCCAAUACGUUCCUGUUUUUCUUCUCUACGCCUCAGGCUUCCUGUUUAUGGGCGCUACCGAAGAACAAAUGGCAUUCAUUGCCGGUUCCGGAAUGGACGCCGUGGCGUACAUUUUGAUCAUGUACAGCUUGGCCUUCCUGGUGUUUUUGGUCGUCAUGAUGUUCACCAACGUCUACGACCGUGCCGCCAACCCCCCGUCCAUGAUUUCCCUCAACGGCCACGCUCGCAGUAGUGACGAGGCUCAGGUGCAGGAUGCCAGCGAGUUUGAGCUUGAUGGUCUCAUGACAGACGACGAAGAUGACGACAAAGCAGCAAGCAGGAAGCUACUAAAGAACGAAGGCAGCCAACAGAAUGGGUUCGCAAGCCCAAGUGCCAUUGCGCGCAACGAUGAGCGGUUGGCAUAG